AUGAUCGUUGGUAGUGCGCUUCUGCGCAACGUGACCCGCACGGCGGCUCACCGCGUGCCCUCUACUCCCCUUGCUCUGCGCGCCGGCUUCCACAGCACCGCGCGGGCUUCUCGUGUUGUGAACACGCAGCCUCUCAACGCCAAGGCGGUUCACUCGCAGGGUGGUGUGCCCGACCUGUCGAAGGGCUACCCCGUCAUUGAGCACGAGUACGAUGCUAUUGUCGUCGGUGCCGGUGGUGCCGGUCUCCGUGCCGCUUUCGGUCUUGCCGAGGGUGGUCUCAAGACCGCCUGUAUCACCAAGCUCUUCCCCACUCGUUCGCACACGGUCGCUGCGCAGGGUGGUAUCAACGCCGCGCUCGGCAACAUGACCGAGGAUGACUGGCGCUGGCACAUGUACGACACCGUCAAGGGUUCGGACUGGCUCGGUGACCAGGAUGCCAUCCACUACAUGUGCCGCGAAGCGCCGAAUACCGUUCUGGAGCUUGAGCACUACGGUCUUCCCUUCUCGCGUACCAAGGAGGGCAAGAUCUACCAGCGUGCCUUUGGUGGUCAGUCGCUCGACUACGGCAAGGGUGGCCAGGCCUACCGCUGCGCCGCGGCUGCCGACCGUACCGGCCAUGCGAUGCUUCACACCCUCUACGGCCAGUCGCUCCGCCACAACACCAACUACUUCAUCGAGUUCUUCGCCCUGGACCUCAUCAUGGAGGACGGUGAGUGUGUCGGUGUGAUGGCCCUCAACCUCGAGGACGGUACCAUCCACCGCUUCCGCGCCCACCAGACUGUGCUGGCCACGGGUGGUUACGGUAAGGCCUACUUCAGUGCCACGAGCGCCCACACCUGUACCGGUGACGGUCUCGCGAUGGUUUCGCGUGCCGGCCUUCCCCUGCAGGACCUCGAGUUCGUGCAGUUCCACCCCACCGGUAUCUACGGUGCCGGCUGCCUGAUCACCGAGGGCUCGCGUGGUGAGGGUGGUUACCUCCUCAACUCGGAGGGUGAGCGUUUCAUGGAGCGCUACGCGCCCACCGCCAAGGACCUUGCCUCGCGUGACGUCGUGUCGCGUUCCAUGACCAUGGAGAUCCGCGACGGCCGCGGUGUCGGUCCCGAGAAGGACCACAUCUACCUCCAGCUGUCGCACCUGCCCGCCUCGGUGCUGCACGAGCGUCUCCCCGGUAUCUCGGAGACGGCCAGCAUCUUUGCCGGUGUCGAUGUGACCAAGGAGCCGAUUCCCGUCCUGCCCACGGUGCACUACACCAUGGGUGGUAUUCCCACGCGUUACACCGGUGAGGUCAUCACCGUGGACGAACAGGGCAACGACAAGGUUGUCCCCGGUCUCUACGCCGCCGGUGAGACGGCCUGUGUGUCGGUGCACGGUGCCAACCGUCUCGGUGCCAACUCGCUGCUCGACAUUGUCGUGUUCGGCCGUGCUUGCGCCAACCACAUCCGCGAGAACAUGGAGCCGGGCAAGCCCCACAAGGAGCUCAAGGGCGACGGCGGUCAGCAGGCCAUCGACGACCUCGACGCCGUCCGCAACGCUAGCGGCCCCCGCAGCACUGCCGACAUCCGUCUCGACAUGCAGCGCGUCAUGCAGAGCGACGCUGCCGUCUUCCGUACCCAGUCGACGCUCGAGGAGGGUGUGGAGAAGAUCGACAAGGUCGUGGCCGACUUCCCCAACGUCUCGGUCAAGGACCGCGGUAUGAUCUGGAACACGGAUCUCACCGAGACCCUUGAGCUGCGCAACCUGCUCAGCAGCGCCACGCAGACCAUGCACUCUGCCGAGGCCCGCAAGGAGUCGCGUGGUGCCCACGCCCGCGAGGACUUUACGGAGCGUGACGACGCCCACUGGAUGAAGCACACCCUCUCGUGGUUCGACGAGACCAACAACAAGGUCGACCUCAAGUACCGCCGCGUCAUCGACACGACCCUCGACGAGAGCGAGUGCAAGCCCGUGCCGCCGUUCAAGCAAAAGGAGGCGGAUGGCUCGCUGAACCUGCUCGUGUGGGAAGUCGGUAUCCCAGGCAAGGCCAGUCAGACUCCAUGGGAGGGUGGAACGUACAAGCUCAAGAUGUUCUUCCCGGAAGAGUACCCGUCCAAGCCGCCCAAGUGCAAGUUCACGCCGCCGCUCUUUCACCCAAACGUCUUUCCUUCAGGCACAGUCUGCCUCUCGAUUCUAGAUGAGGAAAAGAGCUGGAAGCCGGCAAUUACCAUCAAGCAGAUCCUGCUGGGUGUCCAGGACUUGCUCAACGACCCGAACCCGGGCGACCCCGCCCAGGCCGACGCGUUCCACCUCUUCAAGCAGGACCGUGCCGCCUACGAGCGUCGCGUGCGCCAGAUUGCGCGCGAGAUGCAGGCGCAGGGCCAGCUUGCUUAG